UUUUCAGUCCUGCAUUCAACUAUUUCAAAGAAGUAGUAAAUAAUUAAAUGUUAACCAUCGUCUAACUAUAUAUACACUAUAUAGUUCACUCAAGGGAACGAAUCCCCACAUUUCUGAUUCAUUUCCACCCCUUUAAAUGGAAAUGGUCCAGCCGACAAAGGAAUCCCUUUAGGCAACAAGAUUUACUCGCUUAGGUGCGGUAGGUAAUUGUAGGUGAUGCGGCGACAGCCGAAGUACAAGGCAUCUGCGACAUGGUGAAACCGCAAGCAGAACUUAAAGCUGGAAGAAAUUUUGAUGUUUUCACUGCGACGUCAUUCAAGACCCAAGUGGUGGCUGGGACCAACUUCUUCAUUAAGAUCCAUGUCGGUGGACAUGACUAUGUUCAUCUGAGGGUUUACAGAACACUGCCCCAUGCUGGUCUUAAACUGGAACUGCACAGUCUGCAGGCAGCAAAGACCGUUGGUGACUCCAUAGAGUACUUCUGAUUACGGAGAAUACCUGCAGAGAAUGACACACGUCCAGCCCCUGAUGCCCAGGUUCUGCUUACCUAUGCAGUGUGCUUAUAAUAUGGAUCUGAAAUCAUUUUAAAGUUUUGUCACCCGUCUUUACAUCUUUAAUUUGCUAAAUAAGUGUAAAUGAAUGUGAAAUAUGCCGCAGCUGCAUGUGUCAAAAGUUUUUUUUGUUCCCUUGAAUAGCAAAAAAUAACAUUCAUGUGGCUGCAUAGCAGUGACAGCAAUGAAAUGAGCUAAAAAUAAGCAGCAUAGCAGAGGAGAUCAUGACCUCAGAUGUGGCAGCAGAGAGCAAAUAUGAUCCGUCAAAUCAGUGCAAAGUACUCAGGCUAAAGGUGUGUUGACAAUUUGCAGAGAGGGUUACAACAGCGGCAACUCUGGUGACAUUUAAGGUGCAGUGAUGGCACAGCGCCCUCUGUGGGUCAACUCCUGCCUUUUUAACAAAGUUCUACCCUCCAUCCUGCCCUUAUCAUUGUCAGAAUUGCAACAGCCGUCUUUCCUACCAUGACAAAAUAUUUUUCUCAGGUCAUCCAUUUUAAAGAAUUAACAUCACGAGCAAAUUUUGCAGCGGAAGCUUGGAAUAAACUGUCUGAAUAUA